UUCCAUGAUUCCAUCAGAUCACCGAAUUCCAUAUGUUUGUGAUUGUGAAGCCAUUGUCGUUCAUCUGUUUCUUUUCCAUCUAAAUUUUUUAUUCAUCUUCUCUCUGUCACUCAACACCAAGGUACCUGUAAUCUAUAAAGUUUCGUUGCGGCUUUCGCACAAGUCUAAGAAAAAAAAUUAAACACCCGACUUCACAGCUAUGUCUCCCCCUUCCAAUCUAGGGAACUUCAAAGAUGGUUCUGAAAGUGCUGCCGGGGAGAACUAUGCUGACAUAAACUGGGAUAACUAUGAGCUUGGAUUUUAUCUAGUUCCAACAGAUUACAUGUAUGUCAUGAAAUGUGCAAAAGGAGAUAAGUUCUCACAGGGAUCCAUUGUUCCCUAUGGAAACAUAGAGAUAAGCCCUUCUGCUGGAAUCUUAAAUUAUGGACAGGGACUCUUUGAGGGGCUAAAGGCAUACAGGACUGAAGAUGGGCGUAUACUUUUAUUUCGACCGGAUGAGAAUGCUCAACGCAUGAAGAGAGGUGCAGAUAGAUUGUGCAUGCCAUCUCCAUCUAAUGACCAAUUUGUUAAUGCUGUAAAGCAGAUAGUUCUUGCAAACAAACGUUGGGUUCCUCCUUCAGGAAAAGGGUCACUAUAUGUUAGGCCAUUGCUGAUGGGAACAGGAGCAUCGUUAGGUGUGGGACCAGCUCCUGAGUAUACGUUUCUUAUUUAUUGUUCUCCUGUUGGCAGCUACCACAAGGGUGCACUAAAUUUCAAAGUGGAGGAUAAACUCUAUCGAGCAAUAUCUGGCAGUGGUGGAACCGGGGGUAUCAAAAGUGUCACCAAUUAUGCCCCUGUUUAUACUGCAAUGACUGAAGCAAAGGCCAAUGGAUUCUCCGAUGUGUUGUUCUUGGACUCAGCAACUGGAAAAUAUAUAGAAGAGGCCACAGCAUGCAAUGUAUUUGUUGUGAAGGACAACUCUAUCUUCACUCCUGAAAUAGAUGGAACCAUCCUGCCUGGAAUCACGCGAAAAUCCAUCAUUGAGAUUGCCAUUGACUUGGGUUAUCAGGUAAUGGAACGUGCUGUAUCAGUGGAGGAAAUGCUAGGUGCUGAUGAAAUGUUCUGCACAGGAACUGCAAUGGUUGUCAACUCUGUUGCAUCUGUAACCUACAAGGAAACAAGAGUGGACUACAAAACAGGACCAGAAGCAUUAUCAGCAAAAUUACGCGCAACACUUGUUGGAAUUCAAACAGGAUGCGUUGAGGACAAAAAGUCAUGGACAGUCCUAGUAGAUUGAGCAAUGAGCAAUGCUUGUUAAAUGAUAGAUGAUUGUUUUUUUUUUUCCUAAAUAAAUUAUUAUUUGAAUGUCACUUUAUUUUGUAUAAUUUCUUUAUCAUUUUAUAUUUAAGCAAUGGCAAAGUUAAACUAGGAGAGAAUCUAGAAAGCGCACUUAAUGGUUUCUUCAACAUACUUUCUAACUUUCCAUGGCUAAGUUUUGCGUC